UCAGUAUUCCACACUCCCCCUCAAUAAACCCUAAUUUUUCUCUCAUCCUAUCAACAACAAAAAAAAAAACUUACAAUCAUGAGAGCUCCAAUGAGAGGCGGUGGAGGACGUGGCGGCGGCGGAUUCAGCGGCGGCCGUAGCGAUAGGGGAGGAAGAGGAGGAAGGGGAGGAUUCAGCGGCGGCAGGAGCGGCGGAAGAGGUGGAGAGAUGACUCGUGGAGGAGGACGUGGUGGAAGAGGAGGACGUGGCGGAAGAGGAGGACGUGGUGGAAGAGGUGGUGGGAUGAAAGGUGGGAAUAAGGUGAUUGUUGAGCCACAUAGACAUGAAGGUGUGUUUAUUGCUAAAGGAAAAGAAGAUGCUCUUUGUACGAAAAAUCUUGUUCCUGGUGAAGCUGUUUACAACGAAAAAAGAAUCUCUGUUCAGAAUGAAGAUGGGACAAAGGUUGAGUACAGAGUAUGGAAUCCAUUUAGGUCAAAGUUGGCUGCUGCUGUUCUUGGUGGAGUUGACAAUAUCUGGAUGAAACCCGGCUCAAAGGUGCUCUAUUUGGGCGCUGCAUCUGGCACCACUGUCUCUCACGUGUCUGAUCUUGUUGGACCGACUGGAGUUGUGUAUGCUGUUGAGUUUUCUCACAGAAGUGGGAGAGAUUUGGUCAACAUGGCUAAAAAGCGGACCAAUAUUAUUCCGAUUAUUGAGGAUGCUAGACAUCCAGCAAAGUACAGGAUGCUUGUUGGCAUGGUUGAUGUUAUAUUUUCCGAUGUUGCUCAACCUGACCAGGCAAGAAUUUUAGCACUCAAUGCAUCCCAUUUCCUGAAAACUGGAGGACAUUUUGUUAUAUCCAUCAAGGCAAACUGCAUUGACUCAACUGUUGCUGCUGAACAUGUAUUUGCUUCUGAAGUGAAAAAGCUUCAAGCAGAUCAGUUCAAACCCAUGGAGCAGGUGACCCUUGAGCCCUUUGAGCGAGACCAUGCCUGUGUUGUUGGAGCCUAUCGUGCACCAAAGAAGCAAAAACCUGCAUCAUAGACAGUUGCUGUUUUCUGCUUCUAUGUAUCACUUAGGUUGUUUUGCCUGUUGUUUUUGAUGGAUUGUUUUGUAACUGAAUACCAACUUAAUGUUUAGUAGUUUCUAUCUUGGUCUAAAAGUUGUUGGCUACUGAAGUGAAAUCAGGUUGGCAACUUGUUUGCUUAAA